AUGUUAAAAACAGCAAAAUUAUAUAACAUGAGCUUCGCACCGGUAAAAUUAUCACAACCACUCAAAAAACAACUCCCAGCAUGGCUGCAUCUUGGUGCACCGCCAAAAACAUACAAAAAACUGAGAGACUCAUGCCUGCAACACAACCACGGAAUAAGAUCAGUAAAGGACCUCAUGAAACUAAACGGUAGACCACUUAACGAAAAACAUCACCAAGCAAAAGGUAACUGUACCUGCACCCUAUGCAUAGACGAUCGAUUAGCAGGGUGCAAAAACCCACAAAAAUGCAUGCUAGCAGCGUCAUCAAUACUAACAAAACUCACCCCAAUAUUCAGCCCUCUCAACACCCCGCCAAGUGACGACCUCACACUAACACACCACCGACGAGAAAAAAACUCAAGGGCCCUGACCCAACGCAGAGGAGAUAUAAUAUUCGACCCAUCAGUCACCGAAAAAACGGACCUAGCAGAAUGUUUUAGGAUCUUUAGCGACAGCAACAAAACCCAACAAAUACCAGCUCACCACCUUCAAAGACUGAGACAAGGGAGGGGCAUACAGACACCACCAACUGAAAUAUACACAGACGGCUCCUGCAUCAAUAACGGAAAAGAAAACGCAAGAUGUGGAAGUGGAAUAUGGAUCAGAGAGAACCACCCAAAUAACAAAUCCAUAAGAAUCCCCGGGAAAACGCAAUCUAACCAAGCAGGGGAAAUAGCGGCCAUCCUAAUAGGACUACAGGACAUCAACCCACUAACCCCAGUAACAAUCAUAACCGACUCACAAUAUGCAAUAGAAGGCCUGACAUGCCACCUUAAAGAAUGA